UGGAGCCCCCGGGCAAUAGGGGAUCAUGGGGCCCCUGUGUCCUUGCCCAAACUCAAAAAAGCCUAUGAAAAAGGUACCAGGGGCAUCUCAUGGGGCCCCCUACUGACUCCGGGCCCUCGGGCAGUGCCCGAGUUUCCAAAUGGUCAGUCCGCCCCUGGGUGUAGAUCAGUUCUCCGAACGAAGGGAGAACGAUCUACUACAAACGCUGGAAAACGGCUGCUUUUGCUUUUGUGGUUUGAUUGUGGUUUAACCAUGUUUGCAUACCGUGUUUAUGCGUGUUUAUGUUUGGAAGCUUUUUUA